AUGCGGCUUGAUGCAUUGUCAUUGCGAAGUGCAGCUGAUGCGAUGUGGUUAGGUCGAGUUACCUAUGCUGAUGGAUUAAGGCAGCAACACUAUUAUGUUGAAAAACUGCUUGCUUCACGAAAACUGGAAUCUGAUUCGAUGAAGAAGAACUAUUUAUUGUUGUUGGAGCACACACCUGUUUACACUGUUGGCAUAAGGCACUUCCAAUAUGAUGAAAAUGAAGAAAACCGGUUGAAGAAACUGGGUGCUGACUUUUACCGGACAGAACGAGGUGGACUCAUCACAUUUCAUGGUCCUGGCCAGCUUGUCGUCUAUCCUAUUGUUGAUCUUCAUUCAUUGCAUGUGAAAGGUCCUGACCAGAACUCCACUGUUGUUGGUGUUCGCCGCUAUGUAUAUCUUGUUGAAGAGGCAAUCAUCAAAACUGUUCGUGCUUUCGGCUUGCCCGGUGCCGACAGAUCAUCCAAUACAGGAGUUUGGUUAGCAAAUGGUAUGAAGAAAGUAGCAGCAGUUGGUAUAAAUGUUCGCGAUGGCAUCGUUAGUCAUGGCUUAGCUCUUAACUGUAAUACGGAUUUGGAUUGGUUCCAUCAGAUUGUACCUUGCGGUUUAGUUGGAAAAAAAGUCACUUCUCUGACGCAAGAGCUGGGAAGAAAUGUUUCAGUAAACGAAGUUUUCCCGAUUUUUUGCAAGAAGUUUGCCGAAGUGUUCCAUUUUGAUGUCAAAAUUUGCAGUCCGGAGAAAUUUUAUGAAAAAGAUUAA